AUGCCAUUUGAAACACAAGAUCCAUGCUACGAUAGCAACAAAAACGAAAACAAACAAACUUCAUGGAAUAAACAACAGUUAUAUUCUUAUAAUGAUAUUCCAUUGUAUUUACAAACAAAUUCAUUUAUUUUAAAUAGUUAUAGACAUGAUUUAACAAUUAAAAAUUGUUUAUUUAGUUUAUUUCUUCUCCAUAAUGAAACAUUUAAUAUUUGGACACAUUUAUCGUGUGCUAUUGUAUUCAUCUAUCUAUUUAUUAAUGAUUUUAAAAAAUUUUCAACUGCCAAAUUAGAUGAUUUUAUUGUUAUAUUGUUUUAUACAUUUUCUGUAAUAUUUUGUACAUUAGCUUCUACAAUAUUUCAUAUGUUUAAUUGUUGUUCGUCGAAAGCAUAUCACCUUUGUCUAAAAUGUGACAUAUUAGGAAUUGCUAUUGCCAUAUUUGGAGGAUAUAUUUGGAACUUUCAAUGGAUGUUUAAAUGUUUUACUUACACUAGAAUUUUUUAUCAGUUAAUAAUUGCUCUUAUUAUUCUAUGUGUUAUUGUCUAUUAUUUAAAACAACCACAAUUUAACAGUAUGUUAUUUAUUAGUGUGCCCAUGGCAGGUAUAUUACCUAUAAUUCAUUGUGUGUAUUUAUAUGGUGGAUGGGAACAAGAAUUUAUACAGUAUUUUUGUGUAAACAUGUUUGUAUACUACACGGUAGUUGGAAUUGGCAUUUUAUUUUAUCGUACAAAGACACCUGAACGUUUUUUUCCUGGUCGUUUCGAUAUUUUUGCUUCGAGUCAUCAAAUAUGGCAUAUAUUCAGUAUCAUUUCCUAUUUUUGGUUAUAUAUAAGCGGUAUUCAACUGAUGGAAUAUCAUUUAAAAAACCCAUGUAUUAAUCAGUAA